UAAGAUCAUUACCAUUAGGCCAGAUGAUAAUUUUACGAUACGAUUUAACUUGAUGAAAACUAUCUUUCGAAGCUUCAAAUAAUGAUUUUCAUAUGCUUUUUGCGAUGAGCUUUAUGUUGAGAUUGUUUUCAUUUGUUAUUUUAGGGUUGUAUUUAAAUUAUUUCUGUACAAUUGUAAACCUACUUCCGAAAUGUACAGCAAGCGAUGCUGCCGAAGCAGCAUUAGAAAAAGAAUUUCUCGAAGGAAUCGACAAAGGCACCGAAGUAAAACACAAAUACAGUGUCGUCAUGUACGGUGUACCGGCGAAAAUAGAAGACGAAGUAGAACUAUCCCAAUGGGUAUUGAAAUAUUUACGAGAUACCAUGAAAAUAACCACACUAGCAGCUUCCGAUAUAUUAUCAGUGAAAAGAUUACGAGGUACUGAAACCUGUAAACCGGUCCAAUUGACUAUGAAAUCGUUCGAAAUGAAAGAAACCGUACUAAAUCAUCGAAGAUUCAUAAAAUUUUCCAGCAUUAAAAUUGAAAAUUUUUUACAAAAAGAUGACAUGAUUAAAAUAGGGAAGCUGGUGAAAAUAGCCAAAACUCUACGACAAGCUGGUCACUUUUCUGUCGUUAAAGACGAAUUGUUGUUCGUCGAUCAUGUUCUCGUGAACACUAGUAAAAGUAAUUUGUUAAGGAUGUUUCCAUAUAUGCCUACGAAUUUAUUUGAUGAUUUUUAAAUAAACAUGUUUAUGAUACUUAGGUACCUACUCUUUUUGCUUACCUACUUAUUUCAUUUUGAAAUGUUAUUUGGGUAUAUACGUAGAACCUGAGGAGGAGGAGGCUCAAAUAUCCUGGUUUUUUAUCAUUUUUUUCUUCACCAUUAGGAAUAUAUUUACUGAUUAUUUUAAAAAUUUUAAUUCAUAUUCAAUUAUAUUUUUUUUAAAAAACAAACAAAACUUGAUCACACUAAAUUAUUUUUAAGUAAGCUUCUCUUUUUUCUGCAUCUUAAUUUCUUAAUUUUUAAAACUAAUAUUCACAAGUAAAUAUUUAUUGCGUAAUACAUUGACUCAAUUUUAUCAAAUGAGUAAUUGAGCAUUCUACACCCCCCCUCCCUCCCUUGAAACUACCUACAUAAAUCAAUUGCAACGCGGAACGAAAACUUCAAAUUGGGUCUACCGAAGCUACUGAAAUAUUUCGUUAAUCAGGCUAAUUAAAAUAGCUAUCAAGACGAUUAUCUAAUUUCAAUUCAUCGUAUUUUUUUCUUCUCCUUAUCAUUCCCAUUCUGCAUUUUCGAUUGAUCGUUUUAUAGUUUUAACUUCCAUAUUCUAUCUUCGAUCAGAAAUCUAGAGUUUCAUCAUAAGUCAUCAUUUGUUUUUUUUUUACGUUUACGAUGAAAUAUUGUUCAUUUUUGUUGUUUUGCCAUAUUUUUGUAAAUUUCGAUCGAUUCAAUGUCGUGAAUAUUUUCUGCAAAUGUCAAUCUGAUUUACAAUACAAAGAUGACGAUGAAAGUGAAAGAGUAUUUGAUGAAAUAAGAAUAGUAAAAAAGGCCGAUCCAACUUAUGAAACUUCGCCAUAUACCAUGUCAGUUCUUAACCAGUCAUAUCAUGAUCAAGAAGAAGAAGAAGAUCGUAUGGUACACGGGGUGUUGAUAUUCGGCUUCGAUCCCCAAAUUAAUGACGAAGCUGACAUCAGGGAAUGCUCUUUGAGGAUAUUUAAAGAUAUCAUGCGCCUUAAAGUGAAAUACGAAGAUAUCACUUUCGUCGAAAAAAUGGGAAACGAUAUCGAUUAUAAAAGACCUGUACUAGUCAAAUUAAGCAAACGCGAUCUAAAAGACCAAAUAUUAUUCCAUAGGAAAAGAUUACGCGGUCUUCGAUAUAAAAUCGAAAACUACCUAUCUAGAGAAUCGCUUCUCAAGCAAAAAGAUUUAAUACCUGUUAUGAAAUUCUAUAGAAAAAUGGGAAAAUACGCUAUUAUAAGGGAAGGCAUGUUGAUCGUUAAUGGUAAAAUAAUAGAAAACGUUAAUUACUUGAUUGAAAGGUUGAGGCUUUUGCGAAGUGGUAAUUAUACAGUAACAGGUGCCAAUAACAUUAGUGUCAUUUCUAACACACAAGCAACUUCAUUUUAUAUAUUUAAUUAUACUGAUCAGGGCUAAUAUCCGUAACAAUAAUUAAUUCAUUGUGUCGUUUUUAAAUUAAUAUUGUCCAUUUUCGUAUUACCGGUGAUCUCCUUUUCUGUUCAUCGCCUCUGCUGCUCACAAAGAUCUAGUUUGGCAGAUGCAAGUCUUGUUAAGCAGCUAUGAUUGAGUUAAUUUUAAGUGAGGAAUUAAGGGUGAUUAUUUUUCAAUUUCUCAAUUUUCUUUUCAAGAUCGAGAUGCAAAUUGUUUGAUAUAUGAUUUUUUUUUUUCAAUGGAAGUGAAAUAGGUAAUUUUUUUUAAAGGAAAAUUCUGAUUCAUGGAUAUGAUUUUUGCUUAAAAGUUUGAUAAAAUUACGGAGAAACGAGUGAGAAAUCACUUUAAAAUUAUACAAAAAAUAAUGAAAGGUUGCAAAAAAAUUAUAAGGAUACAUGGGUAAAAAUCUCUAGAAAAUUAGUGAUUUUUUUUUUAAAUCAGUGAAAACAUAGGAAGAAAUUAGGUAAUUGGAGUUUGAAAAAUGUAACGAAGAAACCGAUCAUAAAUCACUGGAAAAUUGCAGAAAGAUACUCCUAAAAAAUUUUCAGCCUCAGCAGUGAGUUUCAAUGGAAUGAGCGAAGUUGGGUUAAAAAAAAAAAAGAAAAAUCGUAUUGUAUAUUUACGGAUUGACGGCAAACUGAAUAGGCAACUUAUUUUACGUCGUUUUCUAAUGAAUGAGUUAUUCCAUCUUUCUACACAAUCGUCAUUCCAAAUCAGUUCAACUAGAUUUUUGCAGGAACGAUUAAAAAGAUUGCAAGAUCCCAUUGAGAAAUCUAAAAAAUACAUCAAAAGUGCAUCUACCCUCCUAAUAAACAUUAUUGGGCAAAUCGUAGAAACGUUUCUGGCAACUUCAAAUUUAAAAAUCAAUUUAUUUUUACGAUACAAACGCAUCAAAAAUUUAUAUAAGUAAUACCAUCGGUUUUUUUUGUUUGGUUUUUGUU